AUGAGGCUGCUGUGGUUAGCUCAUGUAGUGCUGUUGGAAAAGAAGUACAUUUCAUCUUUCCUUGCCGGGGCACCCAACGAUAAGCCGCUGUUCGAUAACGAUCCCAAUAUCUACGACAUCCACAAGGCACAAAGGUCUGAUCAUCAGGAGAUGAAUGAUUUUGUACACGGACGAGGCGAAGGAUUCGGCAACCAAACAUCAAUCCAAACUUGUGACAUAGUCAUGGCUGCGAAAGAGACUGGUAAGGUGUUCAAUGUGAUGGGUAUGAGGCCGCAAUACCCGGUGUGCCAUGUCGUUGAUACUGCCCGUUUCUAUAUGUUGCUCAUUAAAGCGAUUGUCACCGACCAAGAACCGGACUGCGGCAGACAUGGCACUUACUUGGUCUCGGCAGGUCACAUCAUAUGGGACGAUCUUUACACCGCUAUGGCCAAAGCGCUCUCGAACCGCGGAAUAAUCCAAGACGAUGUUGUCGAGCUAGCUGAAGAUAGAUCUCUUGCUAACAUGGCCAACGCACUUGGCGUCAUCAAGACUUCCGUCCAGGUCAAAAUUUCUGAAAAUUCAACAUUUACCCCCAAGCAUGCCAAGUCAAUUGGUUGGAAAGCUCAGUUUCCACCUCAACAUGCUCUCGAUACGGCAGAUGAAGAGGUUUAUGCUAUCCCUGAAAACUUGCAGAAUGCCAGAAAGGGUAUCCACUAG